UCAAAGCAACGCUCUGUCAAUGUCAAAAUUUGUCAAUGUCGUAUUGUCGUCAUAAUAAUAUUGAAAACUUAUUUUAAUUUUUACAAUAAAUUAAACUUAUUUCCAUUGUUUAAAGACAGCCGCUAUUAUUUAUGUAGAAAAUUAUUGGCAAUGGCGAAAAGAAAAACUAGAGUCAACAAUAUAAUUUACGAAUUGGAUAAUGAAGAUUUGAGUACCGACGACGAGGGUAAAGAAUGUAAGAUAUUAUGUACUGAGCAAAAUAAAGUGAGUGAGGGUGUUAAAAACUCCUUAAACGAGAGCGAUUCGGUUAUCGAAAUCAGUGAUAUUGAUUCGUCCCAUGAUACUGAUCAGAAAAACAUAAAUAAUGAGAUCACAAAUAAUGGAGGGAAAACGGAAGCGGACGGUUUAAAAAAUGAUUUAGAGAAUAAAAACUCCACUGAUGCAAGUGAAAAUAAACUCAAUGGCUCCUUUAAAGAUGGACAGAAUCCUGAAAUGUGCAAGACAAUUAUAUUUAAUGAAGAUAUUGACAUUGAUUCCCCUGCAUCUGUAUCUAAUAGUGACUUGGGCGUCGUUGGUUGUGAGAACAGAAUACCAUUAGUAAGUGUCCGAUUUAGAGACAAAACAAUGGCGAAAGUGUACAAGAAGAAGUUGAAGGACUUAAUGCUAAAGAUGAUCAAGUUAAAUGAGAUGGAAACAUUUUCUGAUGGUAAUGAUACUGAUGUGGAGUUAGAUAUAUGGCCAGAGGACUUGAGCGAGGAAGAGGUUGAGAAAUCACCUGUACCAGCAUCAGAAGACAAUUUAUUUUUUGUUGACACAGACCCUCAAGACAUGAAUAUUGACAUACCAAUGUAUGAACAGGCUUCACAACUAAUUUCCAAUGCUUCGGAUACUGAGAAAAGUGCUCCACAAGUUUUGAGAAGGGGACCCACUUGCUUCAAUUGUGAGGGUGCACAUCCACUUAGAGAAUGCACACUGCCGAGAAAUAAUGCAAAAAUAGCGGAAAAUAGACGAAAUAUUGGUGUGAAACUUGGGCGCUAUCAUGUAGAAGAUGAGCAGAAAUAUGGACACUUGAUACCUGGUAGAAUAUCUGGACAGCUGCGGAAUGCACUGGGCUUGAAGCGAAAUGAGAUUCCAAUGCAUAUCUAUAGGAUGAGGAUGCUAGGGUACCCACCAGGUUGGUUGGAGGACGCAAGGAUUUCUCACUCUGGGAUUACUAUGUUUGAUUCUACUGGACGCGCCAUUCAAGAUCCUGAUGAAGAAGAAGGUGAGGUGUGUGAUCCGGGAUGUAAGGACAAGUUUGAUAUUAAGAAAAUUCUAGACUUCCCAGGAUUCAAUGUGCCAGCUAGUUCAAGAUACAAAGAGGAAGGUCAUCUGUACGGCUUUCCGCCAAUGUCAGACCAGGACAGCAAAAUGGUGAUGUUACAAAUGUUAGCGCCCAACGCUAUGAAGGCGUAUAAGCGGAAAAAACUAACGUUCUUCCCUUCGUCCAAUAAUAAUUCAAUACAGGAGGGUCAAGCAGAAAUGGAAUUGGAUAGUGGAGAUGAAAGCACAGCGUUCCCGUCCGUACCUCCCCUCCCCGACGACGAGCCCCCUCCCCUUCCCCCGCCGCCAUCUUCCCCUCCCCCCGAAUCUCCUAAACCCAUUACCACCAUUCAGAUUGAAGAUAAGGACACAGAAUCUGACAAAUCGCAAAGCGACAUUGAAAUAGUACAAGUGACGGAUAUACCUGUGCCGGAGGACGAUUUGAUCACGAUUGAUGAUGAUGAUGAUGACGAGGUAUCAAUACUAAGUAGUGGACGAAAUAGUCCAACGAUAGACGACCUAGAGGCUAAAAAGCGUCAACUGUUAGACGCAAUAAAAUACUCUGAAAUCGCCAUGGACUCGAGCACCGACACAGAUGUGAAAGAAGUUGACCUAUCCGGAGAUAUGUCUGAAGUUGAAUUUGUUGACAUUAUCGAAAAUCAAGAAGCUAGUAGUAAACUUACUCAGAAUGUUAGUGAAGAAACAAAACAAGAUGAAACCUUGAAAGAUGAAAAGAAAGUAGUUGAUGUGACAGGAGUUGAAAAGAAAGUUGUUAAUGAGUCAGAAAAUAAUGAGAAAGUUGUAAAUGAGACAGAAGAUAAAGAGAAAGUUGUUAAUGAAACAGAAGUUGAAAAGCAAGUUUCUUAUGUGUCAGAAGUUGAAAAGAAAGAUCCUAAUUACUCAGAAGUUCAAAACAAAGAUAUUAAUGAGUCUAAAGUUGAACAGGAAGUUGUUACUGAGCCAAUAGUUGAAAAGAAACCCGUUAAUGAGACAGAAGUCCCUAAAACUCCUGACAUGAGAACUGGUAUCGUGAAAACUACUGAAUACGGUACACCAGUUAUGAACAUCGUAUCGCCAUACAUGAAACUGCCAAGUGACGACAAGUUCGCCAAAGACAUUUGUGACGUCAUUCAGUUCGAGAACCUUCCGAACUCAGUGGGUAAGUAUAAGAAAAUAAGUAGUCUUUUGAAAAAGGUUAAGAGUGAAGUAGACAGAAUACAGGAUUCAUGAUUAGAGACCACCACCUCCCAGUGAGAGGUGGUUUGUCAAAAUUCUGUUGUAAAUGAAAUUUAUUUUUGUAUCGCCAGCAGAGAUAUUUUUAAAUGUACGGUCGAAUGUACUGUAUGAGUCUGACGUUAAAUAUUAAAUAUUUAGCUAGCUAUAGUUCUUAAUUAUUGAAAAAAACAAGCUCAGCAAGCAAUCGUGUUUUUUCUUAAAUUCACAAUGUGAAAUAGUUAUUUCAGAAUAUGGUGUUUCUUUUUCUUUCAAAAUGUUCAAUAAAUAUACUUACAAAAAGUAAAUAAUACAUGAUUCUUCCUUUGGGAAAUCUUUUGAAGUACACCAGUUUUUAACUAUGUAAAUAUAAAUUUAUAUUUUAAUACA